CCCCGCAUGUUGCUAGGCCGUGGAUGUGCCAGAGCUGUGAGACUCUCCUAUCAUGGAAGGGCCGCCUAGAAGUCUCUGUGGCUCUUGUCCCUUUGUGGAAGACAGUUUCAGCCGCCUCUCCUCGCAGAGCAAUAUGUACGGCCUGACCGCCUUCUCCAAGCCCAAGGGUGGUUGCGACCUGCUGACCGCCACACUUAAAGGGAAAGUCAUCUGCUUCAGGUACCAGAACCUCCGACAGAAAAUCAGGCCUGUGGCCAAGGAGGUGCAGUUCACCUACAUCCCAGUUGAUGCAGAGAUCGUGUCCAUUGAUGCUUUCAACAAAUCUCCACCUAAGAGGGGUCUGGUUGUGGGAAUAACCUUUAUUAAGGACUCUGGGGAUAAGGCAAGUCCAUUUCUCAACAUCUACUGUGACUAUGAGCCAGGAUCGGAGUAUAACCUGGACUCUAUAGCACAGAGCUGUCUGAACCUGGAGCUGCAGUUCACGCCGUUCCAGCUUUACCACGUGGAGGUUAAAGAGAGGAGACAGCGAGAGACAGUAUUCCUGCUUAGUGGCCAUGAUCACCAGAUUCACCUGUAUAAAGAGAACGAGACACUGCACCAGUUUGAAGAGCAGCCAGUAGAAUUCUUCUUCCCAGAGCUGACCAAUGUGCCCAGCCACGUCCUCUGGCUCGAUGUUGUCAAUAUUCCGGACUCCACCAGGCGUUUGACUGCUUUUGGCUGUCAGAAUGGAUUCGUGAGGGUUUCUCAUGUCGAUCAGGAAUCUAAAGCUGUCCUGCAGAGUUGGGAUGUGGGUCAGGAUGGCCCGAUCUCCACAGUGCUUCUCUUCACAUUACCCAAUGACCGUCCUGGCAGCAGAGACAGCUCAAGUGUUGGUAGCUACUCUGGUGAAGGCCAUGACUGUCUGGGUAGUUACGACUUGCUGGUGACCUCCACAAUUGAACUCUCCGUGGUGUACAGGGAUGUGCUGAAGAAUGGCCUCGGUGACCAGGCCAUCCUUCCAGAGAGUGACCAGUAUGACAGUGUCCUUUGUGCUAUUGUGGCUGAUGUGGACUUCGAUGGAGUGAAGGAAAUUCUUCUGGGGACCUAUGGGCAGGAGCUGCUGUGCUACAAGUCAUGUGUUGGGGGUAUCCCCGACCCUGAGGCGGUGGAGUCAGGCCUGGUUUCCCAACUCCGAGGAGAGUUCCGGCUGCUCUGGAGAAGAAGCUUCCUGAACCCCUUGCUGUCCAUGGUCUACGUUGACCUGACCUGUGAUGGGGUCUGUGAACUUGCAGUCGAGUCUCUUAAGGGGUUACACAUCCUGCAGCACAGCUUAACCAAGACAGCAGGCCUGGUGUUGGAGAGGCUUCGUUCCAGAGUGCCGGUGCUGGAAACCCAGGCAGCGGAAGAGGACGUGGUGCCUGAGGACAACGGGCAGCUGGCAGAGGCUCCGGGCAAUGUCCUGGAGGAGGAUCGAGGGGCAGGGAGCUGAACACAGCAGAUGAAGUCAAACCCACCAAGCUUCCUAGGUAAUUGAUUUACCAACUCUAUCCCCACCCCCAUCGCCAUCCCCAAGACCUUCCCCUUCUCAAGCUGGUCCAUCUCUGCCCCACACAGCAACGCUCUGCUUGGUUACUCUCUCUGGAAAGAUCUCACACAAGUUUGAGGGACACGUCUACCAAUCAGCGUGGAAGGACGUCUUUGUGUUGGGGGUGGUGUUACCCGAGGAAACAAGAGGGAGAGAAUGAAUGCACUAAAAUCUCCCUUCUCUCCCACUCCGUCCAUCAUAUACCAGGACAGAGUUGCUGAAAUCUCUGCUGUGUACGGUGGAAUCAAAGGCUUGUGGCCAAGGUCACUCAAGCUGAAAAGAAAUGGUUACUGACCCUCCUCUUUUUAAGCUUUAAUUUUAAACGGGAGAUUAAAUGACAAGAAUCUGAAGCUGCGUCCCACGUGGUGGUUAAACGUCCGCUAACCUAGUCCCAUUCGUCCUGAUGUCUUUACGAACAUGGUUGAAUGGGAAGGCCAUUGAUGCAGACUGCUCAUUACAGGAGGAACGCUGGCGGUGAUGUCACACUGACCGUGCUUGGCAUUCCCUUUCAUUGGCUGGUACACGGUUACUGCUUUCACUGGUGGCUCAAGUCAGGAGCAUCUCUGCCUUGGAGUCAGGAGGUCGUGGGUUCAAGAUCCACUCCAGAGACAGGAAUGGAGAACUGAGCUCCCUCACGUGGAUACGGUGAAAGAUGCCCACUGUGAGCCAGGGGGAUCUCCUCCAUUGUUUAACCCAAAGUAGCAGAUUAUCAGCUGGAUAUCACCGUGUGUGGGAGCUUGCUGUGCACUAUUGUACUUCAACACUUCAAGAGACAAUUUCAGGGAUCAGCUCAGAGCAGGAAUUGUGUAAAUCCUGUUCUUGGUGUUGACCACUGAAAAGUUUUAGAAAUAACAUUUAUUAUGGUGUUAAGUUAUUGCAUAAUUUGCAUAUUAAUUAAAUAACACCACACAACAAAUUUUUUUGGAAGUGAUAUGUCCUUUUUUUUAAUUUAUGGUAGAAUGUUUGAAGCUGAACUCAAAUAUAAUUUGACUAUUUGUAUCACAUAGGGAUUUGGAGAAAUAAUAAAUUAACUUU